AUGCUGCCCACCCUCGCGCUCCUGCUCCUGCUGUGCCAUGCGGCCAGCGCCGCGCCGGCGCCGUACAAUGCCACCGCGGCUGGAGCGCCCCGGCUCUACAGCGAGACGUGUGUGUGCCCAUCAAGUGCGCCAGAGUGCAAGGCGGAGGGCUUUGGGUUUGUUGGGACCAAGAAGUGCUUCCAGCCGCACGACAUCUUUGGUACGAGCGGGGUCGAGUGCACGAGGGACGAUGGCACGGCGAUGGCGUGCACCCACUCCCGCGAUGAGGCGUGCCACUGGUCCUGCGACUCCACUGCGAUUGGCAACGGCAUCUGCAACCAGGCCUGCAGCACCGCGGCCUGCCUCAAGGACGGAGGUGACUGCGGUGAGAGCGACCCGUAUACGUGCUCCGGCUGCACCGCCCUCGGCUACAAGUGGUGCCCCACAGCUGCACUCUGCGCCAAGUACACCGAGACGGUCACUGCGCGGCACGGUGACCGUGAGCUUUGCCCCGAGGACGCGUGGGUCGACGCCUGCGACGCCAAGUACGACACCCUGUCGGACCCGCUGUACGAGCCGAACCAGUGGGUCUUUGAUCUCGUCCGCGUGGAGCCCGUCUGGGCCCAGGGCAUAACCGGCGAGGGGGUCACCAUCAACAUCAACGACCUCGGGCCCUUCCACGAACAUCCAGACUUUGCAAGCAAGUACGACGAGGCCGCGUCGUGCCCCGGAUCGGAGUACAACAUGGGUGACCACGGGACGACGACGGCGGCGAUCGCGCUUGCGUCCGCCAACGACGAGUGCUCCCGCGGCAUCGCGUACGGCGCUGGCCUCUCAAAGUGCAGCUUCCGCACAAACUCGAACGAGGAGAACCUGCUCUUCGCCUUCAGCGACUAUGCGCUGCAGACCAACGCGGUGUCGUCAAACUCGUGGGGGAUCCCGCCCUGCCUGUCGCACGAGCUGCUCCGGCAGAACAAGAUGGCUUGCCCCUUCCGGCCGGUCGCAGCGACCAGCCCCGACCCGCGUUUCCCGUCGCCGUGCGAAGUCUGCACGAGCUGGGUGCCCGGCUCUUGCGACUCGCGCAUCCAACGCUACUGCAGCCACCCUUCCAAUUACGAGACGGAUCCGGAGUGCGCCGCGUGGACUCACCUGUGGAUGCAAUGCAGCUUCCAGCACCUCGACCCGACGACGGUCACCUACUUCAUGCGGGGAGUGCACACGGGCCGCGGAGGCCUGGGCACGGUCUACGUCUUUGCUGCCGGCAACGGCCACGGCGGAGGCGACGACAUCAACCAGAUGGGAUAUCAGCACGACCGGUUUACGAUCACGACCGGCGCGACCGACAAGUUUGGCCGCCACAGCUACUACUCGACGACGGGGGCGUCGCUCUUUAUCAGCGCUCCUGGCGGCGAUGCUUACGACCACGCAAAUAACUGGAUGGUGGCGGCGAACGGCGGCGGCUGCGCGGCCCAGGGGCAAGGGACGUCGUACGCGUGUCCCGUCGUGUCGGGCGUCGUGGCGCUUAUGCUCGAGGCGGCACCGCAGCUCACGUACCGCGACGUUCAGGGUAUCCUCGCCCAGACGUCCUACAUGACGGAUCCGGACGACGAGGGCUGGACCACGAAUGAGGCGGGCUACCACCACAAUGUCAAGUACGGAUUUGGGAUGGUGGACGCGCAGGCGGCGGUGGAGGCAGCACAGUCGUGGGAACCGUGGGGGCCGGAGGUGCUCAUUGAGGCGCACGGGAUGUCCAAGUUCCGCCUCCCCCUGACCACGGCGGGCUGCGUCUGCAAGCAGACCUGGAGCAAGACCGACCUGCCUGAUUCGCCGGUGGACAACUUUUGCGGUCGCCCCGAUGGCAGCGCAGAAGAGUGGUGCUACGUGACGGAUGCGGCCUGCCAGGGCGAGAGCUGGGGCUACUGUGCGCAACCGGCGCCUGCGUCCACCGUCGUCCCUCACGACGGCACAACCCUGGUCCACACACUCGAGGUUGGCACUACGGGUGGCUUCUUCACCGAGUGGAUCGAGGUUUAUUUGUACCUCGACCACACCUCGCGGGGCGACCUGCAGGUGGAGCUCAUGUCGCCGUCGGGGACCAAUUCCGUCCUGAUGCCCGCGCCGCGGCCGGAGGACUCCAACCCGGCACCGACCGAGUGCUCGCCGUCGACCGACUCGUGCGCGACUCGCAACGACGGCAUCUGCGACAACCCGACCUCGUGCGCGUGCGACUACAACGACUGCAGCGCGGCGGGUUGGAUCGGUUCGGACGGAGCGCCGUCGCUCCGGCACCCGACAUUCAACUGGAAGAUGACGACGGUGCGGUCCUGGGGAGAGGACCCGGCCGGCACUUGGACGCUCGCAAUCAAGGACACACAGGUUGGCUCGGCGCACGGCCCCGACUCGCAGCUCUACAGCUGGGAUCUGCACAUCUUUGGCCAUUGA